UCUGUUUACUGCUUCUGCUGUUUGCUGUUUACAUUCCGAUUGCAAAAUGUCGUCCGGUGGAAAUUAUUAUUUUGUAAUUGUUGGUUAUUACGAUAAUCCUGUGUUUGAAGUUGAAUUUUACCCUACAUCUAGAUCGGAUACGAAGAGAGAAGACCAUCGGCAUCUGAGUCAAUUCAUAGCACAUGCAGCUCUUGAUCUGAUUGAUGAACAUAUGUGGACGACCAGCAACAUGUACCUCAAAGUGGUGGAUAAAUUCAACGAAUGGUAUGUCUCGGCAUUUGUGACUGCUGGCAAAAUGCGCUUUGUAAUGCUUCAUGAUCAAAAAAAUGAAGAUGGAAUUAAGAAUUUCUUUCACGAAGUGUACGAAAUUUAUAUAAAACAUUCUAUGAAUCCAUUCUAUGAACAUAAUACUCUAAUAAAAUCUCCUGUCUUCGACAAGAAAGUUCAAUUUUAUGGAAGAAAAUAUUUAAUCAGUUGAUAGACUAGCUGCCAAAAAGGACAUUUUUUGUUAAGUUCUGUUGUUUUCACAUAUUGAAACAAUAUAUUUUUCAGAUGAUUUGUUUGUAAAUUAUUAAUUAUAUUGUAAAUAAAAAGCCAUUUUGAUUUUAA